AAACGCUGUUGGAGCCCCACAUCGACAAAAGGUGGUUGAAACCAAACAAACUUAUUUCUGUGAAUUCAGUCAUGGAGUUCCAGUCGUCGGGUCAAUUUGGAACAUAACAUAAAAACGCUUAAAAACGGAAUACUUGUGUUCGCAGCGUGCCGCGUGUAGCAAUCGCAUAAACAAGUGAAAUUACAAAAAAAAAAAGGAAAGAAAAGAAAAAAAAUAAGAAGAAGAGCAAAAGAUGAAAAUAAAAGGAUAACAGAAAAUCCCAUGCGAAAAAAAGAAUAAAAUAUCAUUUAAAUGAGAAAUAAAUUCGAAAGCAAUAAAAAAAGUUGAAAAAAAGAAAAUUGUGAAAAUACCAAAAAGUCAAAUUGAAGGCCAAAGGAUUUGCCAUAACAACAACAGCAGCAGCAACAUAAUCCAGAAAAUGUUAAAUAAAAUUUCCAUUAAAACGAAAAAUUCAUCUCAAAUUUCUUAUGCGUGAUUAUGGCCAUGGUCUUGUCCAGAGUAUGACAAAUAAAACAACAACAAUAACAGCAACAAGAAUAAAUAAAUAAAUACAAAUAAAUCCAAUGAGAACAUGAAAAAUUAACAUGUUUGCAAAUGUACGAUUUAAAUGAAUCAACGAAUGAGGUGGAAAAAAGAAAAACCGCAACAAGGAAAAAAAUAUCAAUUUAUAUGCAUGGUUGGCAAAUACAAAUAAAGCCAUCUAGUGUAUGUGUGCUGGUGAAUGUAUGUGAGUGUGAAAGUGUUUGUGUGUAUAUGAGGUUAAACUCAAAGUUAAUAAAAAUUUAAUGUAAUUAAAGUAUGAUCAAGUGUAAAACAACAAGCUAUGGUGACGAAAAUUGUGGAAACGAGUCUUUAAUGUGUUGAAAAAGUAGUGAACCGAAUUUUGAGAAAAUAAGAGAUAAUAAGGGGAGUGACACGGUGUGUACUUAUUUAAUUUGUUUGCAGUGUUGGUAUCAUAUGUCACAGAUGACAAUGAGUGAAGGUUAAAUUGUGGUUUGCUGGCAUCGAGGGCAUAAAUAAUUUCAAGGAAAUUGGCCACAAAACAUAUUUAAAUAAUUUUGAAGCUCAAGAAAUAAAAAUCAUUAAUUGUGUCGAAGAUUUUGAAAAAAAGUGCAUGGUUUCUCAAUUUAAUAAAAAUACCCAAAGUGAAAAAAUCCAAAGAGAAAAGUGAAUACUUGAAUCCCCUGUAGUUAUGACCACCUUAUUUUGUAAUUAAUUAAAAAAGCCCCUGCCAGGGGAAAUUGUGUUGUACACUUGUGAAAAUGCCAUACCUAGCCUGAAAUUCAACCCUUACAGGUAGCAAAUAAUGUUCCGUGAAAUUUAUACUAAUUACGGAAAUAAACUUUUCAUCUCCCAGCAAUUGCUUGCAAAGUAAUUUGUAAUUUAAUCUGGCCAAGUAAACAGCUUGCCAUUCCCCCACUCCUUUUAAGAUGGAAAUAUAGCGUUUAAUUAAAAUGCAUUGCAUAUAAGUGUUACAUUUAAUAAGCACAACGGCCAAACAAGAAAUAAGAAAUUAAUUCGGUGCGGGAAGAAAGUACAAAAAUGUAUUCACAAGUGCUUAAGCAAGAAACGAAACAAGAAAUAAUAAAUUGAGGAAAAUCUUUCAAGCAGAGCAGUACAAGUUUUUCAGGAAUGAAAAGUGUAAAGAAUGAAAAACCAUUUAUAAUUAAGUGAAACAAGUGAAGCCAGUAACCUUUACUCCAAAAAAAGAAAAGAAAGUAAUACAAAACAAAAUCCAUAACAAAUGCAACUGCACCAUCAUCAUCGUCGUCGUCGUCAGCAUCACAUGAAUUUUCGCAGCUUUUGAUUCAGAAUUAACAAAAAACGGCAACGACAUUAACAUUGUUCUUCGUUCCACAAGAAACGGCAAAGGAAGUGCAAAACAAACACAUACACACACGCAAAACAUCCCUCAUACACAAUAGUGCCACACUGCCAUCAUCGUCCUCGUCGCCCCCUUAACCAACCAACUUUCUCUCCAUUGGAGCAUUAAAAGUGUUGAGUUUUUAUUUCGCCAUCAUCUGCCGCAUUUGGGUGUUGUACACAUCUUAAAACGAGUUUUCUUUCGUUAACUUUUAACAUCUACAUUGUUGUUCAGUGCCGUUGUUUUUUAACUUUACAACCAAAAAGGAUAUAUUGUCGUUCAAACCCCACCCACCCACCCACCACCUCACCAACGGCGUAGCAACAAAACACUUGUCUUCAUUGCCCGGGAAACCAGAAGCAGCAUCACCCCCACCACCACCACUACCGCCACCAACGCCAACGUUGUUCCAGUUAAGUUUCUUCGCUCACUCCAAGCAAGAGCAAAAGUUUCCGGCAUACGUUUCAACGUUUCACAAAAAGAUAUGACAUGUGAUGGUGUUUUAACAUUUUGGAUAUUUUUAUUUUUCCCUUUGAUUUUCAAUCAAAUCGCCUCAACCGACGGUGGUAGCCUGGAUGAUUUACACAUAGGUGGUAUCUUUCCCAUAGCAGGCAAAGGAGGAUGGCAGGGUGGUCAGGCGUGUAUGCCAGCAGCAAAACUGGCAUUGGAUGAUGUAAAUAAGGAGAAGAAUUUAUUGCCCGGAUAUCGGCUUAUAUUGCACAGCAAUGAUAGUGAGUGUGAACCCGGUUUGGGUGCCAGCGUUAUGUACAAUCUACUCUAUAAUAAACCACAGAAACUUAUGUUAUUGGCCGGUUGUAGUACCGUCUGUACAACAGUAGCAGAAGCCGCAAAAAUGUGGAAUCUUAUUGUGCUAUGUUAUGGCGCAUCAUCACCAGCUUUAUCGGAUCGCAGUCGCUUUCCCACAUUAUUUCGUACCCAUCCAUCGGCAACCGUUCAUAAUCCCACUAGAAUUAAGUUAAUGAAGAAAUUUGGCUGGUCUCGUGUUGCCAUUUUACAGCAGGCGGAGGAAGUUUUUAUAUCGACGGUUGAAGACCUUGAGAAUCGCUGCAUGGAAGCAGGAAUUGAAAUCGUUACAAGACAAUCAUUUUUAUCCGAUCCAACUGAUGCUGUACGCAAUUUACGGCGACAGGAUGCUCGUAUUAUUGUUGGUCUCUUCUACGUGGUGGCAGCCAGGCGAGUGCUCUGCGAAAUGUACAAACAGCAGCUGUACGGACGGGCGUAUGUGUGGUUUUUUAUAGGCUGGUACGAGGACAAUUGGUACGAAGUCAAUUUAGAAAAUGAAGAUAUUUCAUGUACCGUCGAACAGAUGCGUAUGGCUGCCGAAGGCCAUCUAACCACAGAGGCUCUGAUGUGGAAUCAGAAUAAUCAAACAACCAUAUCGGGCAUGACAGCCGAUGGAUUUCGCUUGCGUCUGAAUCAAGCCUUAAAAGAAGAAGGUUUCGAUAUUAGCAACGACCGCUAUCCAGAAGGCUAUCAGGAAGCCCCACUGGCCUAUGAUGCCGUUUGGAGUGUGGCCUUGGCCUUUAAUCGCAGCAUGGAAAGACUGAGGCAUCGCAAUAAAACCUUAAAGGAAUUCACAUACAACGACAAAGACAUAGCUGAUGAAAUUUAUGCAGCGAUGAAUUCAACGCAAUUUUUAGGAGUAUCGGGUGUUGUGGCGUUCAGCUCUCAGGGAGAUCGUAUUGCUUUAACGCAAAUUGAGCAAAUGAUUAAUGGAAGAUAUGAAAAAUUGGGUUAUUAUGAUACCCAAUUGGAUAAUUUAACGUGGUUGAAUUCCGAACGAUGGAUAGGAGGAAAGGUUCCUCAGGAUCGUACAAUUGUAAGACGCGUUCUACGCACCGUAUCGCUGCCAUUAUUUGUCUGUAUGUGUACAAUAUCGUGUUGUGGUAUAGUUGUAGCAUUAGCCCUAAUUAUCUUUAAUAUAUGGAAUAAACAUAGAAGAGUAAUACAAUCAUCACAUCCUGUAUGUAAUACAAUUAUGUUAAUUGGCGUUAUUAUCUGUUUAACAUCCGUCAUUUUAUUGGGUAUUGAUGGACGGUUUGUUAGUCCAGAUGAAUAUCCUAAAGUCUGUCAAGCUAGAGCUUGGCUAUUAUCCACCGGUUUUACAUUAGCUUAUGGUGCUAUGUUUAGUAAAGUCUGGAGAGUACAUCGAUUUACCACAAAAGCGAAAAGAGACCCAAAGAAGAAAGUUGAACCCUGGAAAUUAUAUACCAUGGUUUCUGGUCUACUAUCCGUCGAUUUAGUACUGCUGAUAGCAUGGCAGAUAUUCGAUCCGUUGCAACGGAUAUUGGAGACAUUUCCCCUAGAAGAUCCCACAUCGACGAGUGAUGAUAUUAAAAUACGUCCAGAGCUGGAGCACUGUGAGAGUGAAAAGAAUUCCAUGUGGUUGGGCCUUGUCUAUGGUUACAAAGGUUUAAUUUUGGUAUUUGGCCUUUUUCUGGCCUACGAGACACGUUCGAUAAAGGUGAAACAAAUUAAUGACUCACGCUACGUUGGCAUGAGCAUUUAUAAUGUGGUGGUAUUGUGUUUAAUCACGGCACCGGUGGGGAUGGUGAUUGCAUCGCAACAGGAUGCAUCAUUUGCCUUUGUGGCAUUAGCUGUGAUAUUUUGCUGUUUUCUGAGCAUGUUGUUGAUAUUUGUGCCAAAGGUUAUUGAAGUCAUACGGCAUCCAAAAGAUAAAGCCGAAUCGAAAUAUAAUCCCGACUCUGGAAUUUCGAAGGAGGACGAGGAACGUUAUCAGAAAUUGGUAACAGAAAAUGAAGAAUUACAACGACUGAUAUCACAGAAGGAGGAAAAAAUUCGCCUAUUACGACAGCGCUUGGUGGAGCGAGAAGCUCAAAUGAAAACCGCCGAUACAAAUGGUUGCGGUGGUCCGCCAACAGUGGCAGGAGGCAUUAACAACGGUACACAUCCACCCGCCGUAACAACCACAGGUACCUCAUUAGGGGUAUACACCUCGGCAACGUCCUCACAUUUACCACCCGCCGCAUCACUAGCAAUUACACAAGCUGCUAUAGCUGUGGCAGCUAUGGCUGGAGUCAAACCCCCCGCCUCAAUUACCGCCUGCAGCAUCGAUAUAACCAAUACCGACGUUACCACACCCUUAUUGCUGGAGCCUUUACAUCGCGAACCUUCUUGUAAUUCGAUAUCAUCCUCCAUGUCGCCAACAAUUGCCAUGACAGUCCUACCGUCGACAAGGUGUAAACGUGAUUCGGCAUUGCAACCACUGAUACAGCCAGAGGGCACAUCGGCAACGUCGGAUUUCGAUAGUGCCAUAUGUCUGGGUGGCAGCGGUGGAUAUUCGCAAUUAACCGCAACGACAACAACGCGUUCACGGGCCGCCAGUCAAUCAUCGGCAUUUGAAUUUUCCGAUAAUUACCAAUAGGUUGGGGUGCUCCAUCCUCACACGACUUAUGGACAGUGAGAGAGGGGAGCGGAAUAAUCAUCUUUCUCAUUGCCAUGCAAAAUAAAUCUACUCAUUCGAAAAAAAAGCAUUGAGUCUAAUAUUCAAAUUUUGUUCUUGAAGUUUGAAUCGGAACACAGAGAGAGAAAAAAGAGAGAAGAAGCAAA